AUGAACGGGAACUCAUCGAGCAUGCCGACCUCGCCCAUGACCCCGCCGAGGUUCCCGCCGAGGGCACGAUGGUCAGGCAUGUCCGCCGACGGGAUAUCGAUUAACAGCCUGAGGCGCUUCACCACCUUCGUGGAGCGGUCAUUCAGCCUCGAGGAUGAAAAGGCGGACUGGGGCAAGGAAUGGCGGGAGAUCCUGGCGGCCAACGCGGCGUCGCAGCGGGCGAGCGAAGCACGAUGGCGGUCGCAGUCGCAGGAAGGGCUAUGGUCGCCGUCACAAUCAGAACCUCCACGAUUCGCCGAGAAGUCGGAGAAGAGGCCGGAGGAUUUCAUCGUCGACUGGGACUCGGACUUAGACCCAGAGAAUCCCGCCAACUGGUCGUGGACCAAGAUUUGGAUACACAUGGGCCUCGUCAGUGGGAUCCUCUUCAUCGGGUCGCUUGCGACGGCGAUAUUCUCGCCAGGGGUGCCGGAGCUCCUAAGCGAGUUCCACAACACGAGCAAGCUGCUCGGGGUCAUGGCCGUCUCCAUCUACGCGCUGGGGUGGGGGGUCGCUCCACUCGUCCUCGGCCCGCUCUCAGAGGUCUUCGGCCGCCUCGGCGUCUACCACGCCACCAACAUCGUCUUCGCCAUCUCGACCCUGGCCUCGGCAAGGUCCCCGAACCUGAUGGCGUUUAUUAUCCUCCGCUUCGUCGCGGGCUGUGCCGCCUCGGCCCCAAACAGCGUCGGCGCCGGCACCAUGGCUGAUAUCGUGCCGCUGCAGUUCCGCGGUAAGGUCAUGUCCGUGGCCGUCGUCGCACCUCUCCUGGGACUCGCCGUCGGUCCCAUGAUUGGCGGGCCCCUGGUCGAUGCAUACGGAUGGAGGUCAACAGUUUACUUCACUGCUGCUGCUGGAGGGAUCCUCACCGUUGCCUCUCUGCUCCUGCUGCGGGAGACAAACCCAAAGGUCAUCCUGGGGCGCAUAGCACAUGACAUGCGCAAGAUAACCAAAGACAAGAGGUACAUCUCCAAACUUGCAGAUGCGAACACAGUGCCUCUUUACAAAAUGGUAGCGCGGGCGCUGCGCAGGCCACUGUUGCUGCUUUUCACCAACCCAGUCGUCUCCUUGCUGUCGAUGUACCUAGCAAUGGUCUCAGGAUACAUCUUUAUAUUCCUAGCAACCCUCCCAACCGUCUUCAAGGAGAAGUACGCCUUCUCCACCAGCGCGGUGGGGCUGGUCUACACAGGCCUCAUGGCCGGCUUCGCAGCCGGCGUCGCCCUCAGCGCGACCGUCAUGGACAACGUUGCCAUGCGGCUGUCCGACAAGAGCGGCCACAGGCCCGAGAACCGCCUCGUGCCCAUCGUCUACGCGAGCCCGCUCAUCCCGGCGGGGCUGCUGCUCUAUGGCUGGUCCCUGCAGGCCGGGCUGCACUUCGCCGUGCCCAUCGUGGGCAGUGCACUCGUCGGUGCCGGCAUGGUGCUCACGCUGCUACCUCUCAACACCUACCUCGUGGACGCCUUCACGGCCGUCGCCUCGUCCGCCAUCGCCGCGUCGACGCUGCUGCGCUAUGUCCUGGGUGCUUUCCUGCCGCUCGUCGGCACCUCGCUCAAUGAUAGCCUGGGGCUGGGCUUGGCGAACACGCUGCUGGCCGGUAUAUCAUGUGUGCUUAUCCCUGCUCCUUUGCUCUUCAUCAGGCAGCUGGUCGACGCAAAGCUUCACAUUGACAAUGGUGAGGAGUAG